AAAGUGUUAUUUAAGUUUAUAGUUAACGUUGGUGUAUGUGCAAAAAGCUCCAAACACAGUAAAAACACGUAAAUACACUACUACGCCCACACUGCUGUUGUCUGUUGUUGCGGCAGGUUGCCAAAAGAGGGCGGUAAGCGGAAGAAGAAGCAAUCAAGUGGCAAAAACACAAGCAACACCAGCAACAACAACAACAGGCUGCCACUGCGACAGCGCCACAGGCAAAAUGCAAAAAGUUAAUUAGCGUGAACACAAAUCACCACUCAAAGGGUGGUCUGGCCGCAAAGCGUGCAUGUGUAUGUGACAGUGUUCGUUUGUGUAGUAGUAGGUCAGGAAGUGGGCUGACCUGUUGGACAUGGAGUUUGCCGAUUUGAUAAAAACCCCCAAGCUGGAUGGGGUGUAUCUGCAAAAUCCAAUUGGCACCACCGUCGAAGGCACCCUCUGCAUAACGGGUCAUCAUUUAUUACUCAGCUCACGCCAGGAAAACAGCCAGGAGCUAUGGCUACUGCACAAGAAUAUCGACUGUGUGGAAAAGAAGCCAACGGCUCAGCACAUUGUUACCGGAGGUGGGAUUAUAACACUCAAAUGCAAGGAUCUGCGUAUUAUAACACUGGAGAUUAAGCAUGCCAAAGAAUUUUUGAAUGUUGCAAAUUCACUGGAGGCGCUCAGUGCUUUACAAAAUUCAGAGCUUGAGUAUCCGUUCUUCUACAGACCCAUGUACUCUAUAUUGGAGGAUGGCUACACCAUGUUUAGACCAGAGCUGGAAUUCGCACAACUCAUCAGCGGCUUGAGUAUGGGCGGCGCUUCUUCCCCCAAUGUAGCCAACAUUACCAUUUGCACGCCCUCAACAUCAAGUAUGAGCAACAGCAUACCCCAUCCUCUGCAAAAUGGUUUUGCAUUAGACGCCGCUGCCGCCUUGACUGGCAGCACCAGUAGCCUUGCAGCCUCCUGCGAGUGGCGCAUUAGCCAUGUGAACAAAGACUUUGGCGUCUGUGCCACAUAUGGCGCUACACUGAUUGUACCUAAGGCAAUUAGUGAUGAACAACUAGCGCUCUCCGCUGCCUUCCGCGAUGGAGGUCGCUUUCCCCUGCUCAGCUACAGGCAUGAAAAUGGCGCCACGCUAAUGCGCAGCGCGCAGCCGCUGUCUAUACAAGGAAUCAAACGUUGCCGUGCUGACGAGGCCAUAUUGAAUGUGGUGCUGGGACGCAGCAAAAAGGGAUUUAUUGUGGACACCUGGGGCAAGGGCAAGUCACACACCGAAAGUGAUCCGCAUUAUUCGCAGUGGAAGAAGGUUAAUCGCGCCAUAGGCAAUGUUACUUCACCAGCCUCCAUUUUGGACAGCUUUGCGAAGCUCAUAGAGGCCUGCAAUGAUGUGGGCUGCAGCACCGACAAGUGGUUGACACGUCUGGAGAACAGCGGCUGGCUAAGCCUCGUCCUAAACUCGUUGAAUGCCUCUUGUGUGGUGGCACAAUGCCUGGAUCAGGAGGGCAGUCCAGUACUGGUGCAUGGCGCCAAAGGUCUAGACUCAACGCUGAUUGUUACGUCGCUAGUGCAGAUUAUACUAAAUCCCGAUUGUCGCACUGUGCGUGGCUUGCAGGCCUUAAUAGAGCGGGAGUGGAUUCAAGCUGGUCAUCCGUUUGGAUCGCGCCAUCGCUACUCUUGCUACACGCCGCAUCAAAUGCGCAACAAAAACUCAGGCGCCACAUUUGUGCUCUUUCUGGACUGCAUCUAUCAGCUGUUUACACAGUUUCCAUGCAGCUUUGAGUUUAGCACACAGCUGCUGAUACUGCUCUUUGAGCACAGCUACUUCUCACAAUAUGGCACAUUCUUGUGUGAUUCAGAGCGUGAGCGACAUGAGUUGCAAGUGCAUACGCGCACCACAAGCCUCUGGUCCUAUCUCAAUCGACCGGAUGUGCUGCAAACGUUGCUGAAUCCGCUCUACGAACCGAAUGCAAAUGUUAUAUGGCCUUCAGUAGCGCCAAUUAGUUUGGAGCUAUGGAGCGAACUCUAUUUGCGCUGGGUAAUUGAUCAACGCAAUUCAUCUAUUGCCAUGACACAAAUUCAGGAUCUGGUUACUAAACAAAAAGAGCUUCGAACUCAGGCACUAAAGCUGCGCAAACAAGCCUUGGAACUAAGCCAGGAAACGACCGCACUCAUGGGCGAAUUAGAUAACGCAUAAAGAUGGCUACCUCAACGUUGUCUCUCUCUCUAACUCUCUAUUACAACAUUAUUGCGUAAAUAUUACAUAUAUAUAAGAUAUACACUUAUUUUUGAUACUUUCUGUAGCCAUUUUGAAUCAAUUAUUAUUUUAAGCGUACAUUUAUACAAACAGUCUCUUAAAGUUCCAUUCACAAAUUUUGCUGAAACAGAAAUUUACUUAUGGAUCUGCUAUUGGAUCAAAACAAAGUCUCUCUCUCUCUCUCAAAGUCAUUUUAACUAUAGAAACGAUUUUAAACUAAAUCUCUCAAAUACCGCGCUCUCACAGUCUCUGGAAAAGUAUCAAAAGUUGAACUACAUUAAGUCAAUUUUGACGCAUUUACUUUUAUGGAAUUUUUAGCGUAGUAAGUCGAUAUACAACAUAUACAUAUAUAUGUAGUACUAAUUGGUGUUUAAGUAUUGUAAAUUCAAAGAUUUGCCUUUUUGUACAUUUUGAUUGAAUCGCAUUAAUUGAAAGCUUUAAAAGCGUUUAUAAACAAUGAAACUAAAUACA